CCUCCUUUACCCCUCCACUCUCUCUCUCUUUCUCUCUCUCUCUCUGUCCCUCCCUGGCUCCGCUCGGUGAGAAGGGCGAGCCGAUGCACCCGGGCGUGAAGGUGUUCGUGGGCAACCUGCCCGAGGAGACCUCGCAGGUGGAGUUGCGCGAGCUGUUCGAGGCGGCCGAGCCGGGCGAGGUCCUGCGGGUGGCCCUCAUGAAGCAGUUCGCCUUCGUGCACAUGCGCGACGACGCGUCGGCCGAGCGCGCGAUCCUCAAGCUCAACGGGCAGUUCCUGCACGGGCACCGCGUCGUCGUGGAGCCCUCCCGCCCCAGGCCCACGCACACCGUCAAGAUCUUCGUGGGCAACGUCCCGGCCGCCUGCACCAGCGGCGAGCUCCGCCUCCUCUUCCAGGAGUACGGGCCCGUCGUCGAGUGCGACGUCGUCAAAGACUAUGCGUUCGUUCACAUGGAGAAGGAUGAGGAUGCCAGAGCCGCCAUUGAACAUCUUAAUGGAAGGGAAGUCAAGGGCAAGAGAAUUAAUGUGGAACUUUCUAAUAAGGCUCAUAAAAGGGGGCCAGCUGGGCACACCGGCCAGCUGGGCAACAGAGCUGAAAAGAACAAAAUACCAACCCUGGAUAAACUCCAGCCCAGGAAUGAUACUUUGAGAUCCGGUAAUCUUGCUUUCCCAGCGGGAGGAUCAACUUAUUCUUCACUGGAGUAUGACUAUCAGCAGCGCCUGGGGAACAACAAUUUAACCAAAAUUGAUUCCCAAGACAGUCAGGCUAGGCAGGUAUCUCCUUCCUAUUUUGGAAGGGACAGAAGCCCCAUUAGACGCUCACCAACAAGAGCAGGUUACAUACUUCCAAUGGCAGCCCAGCAAGCAUCCUACAGAGACCAGGCUUCUGCCUCCCUCGGGACAGCCUACAGAGACCAGCCUGCAGCAUCACUUGGGAUGGCUUACAGACCCCAGCCUACAACUGGGCAGGCUGCAAUGUACAGAGCCCAGUCCUCAGCCAUGCUUGGAAAUCAAUAUAGAGCCCAGUCUUCUGUUCCCCUAGCAACUUCUGGGGCCCAGCCAGCAGCCUCAGCACUAACAUCCUACAGUGCCCAAGCAGCUGCUUAUGGAGCACAGGUGGCUGCUUCUCAAGUCCCUUCUUAUGAGACCCAGCCCACAACAACAUACGCUGCCACUUAUGGGGCCCAGGCUGCUGCAACAUAUGCAGCAGCUUCCUAUGGUGCCCAGGCAGCAGCUGCUGCUGCCGCCCUCUCAGCAUCUUACGGGGCCCAACCUGCAGCCAACCAAGCAGCCUUGUACGGUACCCACCCUCUCUCAACACAGUCAGCUUCAUAUGGAGUCCAGUCAGCUGUUGGCCAUGCAGCUUCUUAUGGGGCCCAGGCUGCAUCUGCCCUGCCAGCUGCAUAUGGGGCACAGGCUGCAGCAAACUUGGCAGCCGCUUAUGGUAUGCAGGAUGCAGCAGCAGCAGCAGCAGCUGCUGCUUCCUAUAAAACACAGCUCUCUGCUUCACUGUCAACAGCCUACAGAGCACAAGUCUCAAACCCAGCGGAGACAGCUUAUGCUGCGCAGCAAUCCACUUCUGUUCCCUUAGCUGCAGGUUACAGAGCUCAGCCAUCAUACAAUGGGCUGACUCAAUCUGCACAACAGGCAGCCUCAUAUACAGCAUUGUCCCAGUCAGAAGCUGCAGCUCUUCAUCCGCCAUAUGAACGCACUCGCCUCUCUCCACCGCGUGGCAACCGUGAGGAUCUCUACAGAAAAGCAGCUGCAAUGAAUAAGAGGUACGGUUCUGACCUCUCAGAUGACCGCCGUUUAUCUGACCUCUCAGAUUUCCGCCAUUUAACAGACUCCCCCCACGCGUACCGCCAUUCGCCGACAAAAGCUCAACUGGAUUAUCGCCGUCUCCCAGAAACACAGUCUGAUUAUGCCCGAUAUGCGGGUGCCUAUGGCGAUUACAUGCGUAACGCACAACUGCAGCUGCAUGCUAGUUACCAGCGCCGCCUGUAAAGGAUUUCCCCCGUCUUUCCUGGGGUGGGACUGCGUCAUUGUUCUGGCGCCCGCCGUUGUAACACAUCUAGCAUAAACCCCGGCUGCUGCAUCCUUGAUGAGAAGUCUUUGCCAUUUGAUUUCAGAAUAUCCUUUUAGUCACUACAUUUCUUCUCACCCUUUGUCACAGUGCCCUUAGCAGCUUGUCAUUGUAGCUCUUGUAUCUUCUGUUGUUGUCCUUUCCUAUACCAAGUAAAGGGUGUUAUUUACUUUAGCGAGCCAUAUGGGGCCAUCCAAGAUAAAACAGUUUUCUAGGAGAGUCUUGUGGUUGCUAUCUUAAUUUCAAUGUUAGGGCUCUGUGCUCUGCCUCAGGACUGCUGUAAAUUGCUGCAUAUUGAGUCAUUUGGAAACCAAAGUCCCUGGGUGAUGAUGGCAACAUGGUGAACGUUUGCUUCUGGUUCCUUGGUUCUGCCUCUUGCCGUGUCCCACCAGUUAGAAAGGAAACUGUUCUAGCAUUGAAAUCCUCAUUUAAUGUGCUUGUUGAAAGGAUCACUUUGUAUCCUUUCCAAGUGAGCUCAGUUGCUUUCAUGUAAUAGCAUCCAUUGAUUUUUGCUAAUAUAGAGUGCACAAGUAAACCUGAAGUUAGAAGUGAGUUUAGAUUAUUAUUUUUUUGUAUUAACUGUAAAUAAAAAGUAGGCAGACUGAUAGUUUAGGAAAUCCAGCUGCCUAGUGGUUUUGGUGGGGUGUGUGUUGCUAUUAUUCCUUUCAUAUUGAAGUGUGUAUGUAAACAGCAGAACUCAGGACCAUCCCUGCUGGUGGGUGAUCAUCAUACAGUGAUGAUGAUAAGUGAUCAAUGCUAUCAAAAUACUCCCCUUUUUAGUUGCACAGGAUAUUUACUGGCCUGGAACACCCUUCAGGCCUAGAACUGGGAGGUCUCUGUCUUUUGUUAUUCCUGCAAUAUUUAAGACUGCUCCCUUACACUCUUAUUGGGAACCUCUCCCUUCUCUCUCCCCACCUCAACCAAUAUAUCUGCCCUAUUUUUCUUUCAUGGUGUUAAGUUUUUCAAAUAUUGGGAGCAGUCAAGUUUAUCACAGGGGCUCAAGUAGGGGAAUACCUUAGGAUAGGUGAGGGCUCCACACCCCAAGAUGUAGGAGAAAUCGAGAGAGAUGUUCAUGAAGCUGUGAUGGGCUGACGUGAUGGUUCUGUCAGGAGCAAGUGUGGAGUUCAGCUUGAUGUUGCCUACUAUAUUUUUUAGAUUGUGCCAUGUCCUACUACUGCUAUCUCUGCACAAAAUAUAGUGCCAGAAUGCUGAGGGGUAAGGACAGCUGGACAUCUUCCAGAACGUUAUUGGCAGGUAGUGUGUACUCUCCCCAAGUGCUACUGCUUUUGUAGCAGGAAACCUGUUUUCAUCUCUUGCAGCAUAACUUUUUUUGUUUUUUUAAUGAAUGCCUUUUUCUGCCACUGUUAACUCACAGUGCAACUGCAGAGACAUUUUCCCCUUCUUUAUAUUUUUCCAUUUCAUUACAACUGUUUAUGAACAGCAGUAGCAAUUAGAAUCUAAUCAGAGUUUUAAAUAAGCGUGGCUACACAAAGCAAAAAGCAGCAUUGUCAACUGACAAUGUUGGCUGAACGCUUGCUCAGUUUCUAGUAAUAAUUUGACAAAAAUGCUUGGAGUGAAGCCAAUCUUAUCUGUGUUUUUCCAAGUAGGUAGUUAAUUAAUAAUUGUACUGCUUUUUAUAAGAUUAUGCUUUCUGGGCAACUGAUUAAAAUGUGCAAACUUGCUGUA